AUGAACGACUUGUUCACGUCACUGGGCAUGCCGCCGCCCUUGACCGUCGAGCGGAUGCAAGUCACGGCCAACUUCCACACCAUCUACAUGGUGCAGUUCGACUCGAGCUCUUCCCUAGGCCCGUUCAUCUUGCGGCUCUCUGGCAGCCAGAUUCCUCGAAUAAAGUCGACCAACGAGGUGGCGACGAUGAAGUGGCUAGCCGAAAAUACGACGAUCCCCGUGCCUACCAUCGUGCGGUACGACGUGACGGACGAAAAUCCCAUCGGGCGCGAGUAUACAUUGCUCGAAUGCAUCCCCGGCUGCAGCGUCGACAGGAUGUACUCGUCCAUGAGUGAGAAAGCCAAGCGCCAUCUCGUCGAGCAGCUGGCCGACAUGCUCAUCCAGCUCAACUCGGUCGAAUGGAAGCACGUGGGAGGCUUGAGCAUGGAUGGUGACGGCCACGUGGUGCCGGGCCGCCUGCUCGAGGACACCUUUUGGAUGGGUCCCGACAUGGAGGAGAUUUGGCCGAGGGAAAGCUUCGACCGGCUGAACCCGCAAGGACCGUUCGACUCCCACGCCGACUUCGCCGAGGCCUAUCUCCAAUGCGCCAUCCACGGCAUCUCGGUUCACCCGACGCUCAGCUGGUUGGCAGACCUGGUGCCACGCAUUCGCAACCUCAUCGCCCUCCUCCCCACACUCACCAGCCUUUGCCGGUCACGCCUCAUCCUCGCACACAAGGACCUCCACCACGCCAACAUCAUGGCCUUGCCCGACGGCACCGUCACCGCCAUUCUCGACUGGGAGUUUGCCGGCGUCGUGCCUGCUCUGCGCUGGGAUCCAGUCCGCGCCUUUCUGCACCCGUGGACAGACGAGGAUCCGGCCGUGCAGACGAAGGAAAAGGAGCGAAUGUGGCGCUUCUUUGAGCAAGUGCUCGAGCGGAAGGGUGUGAAGAGGUGGUGGGAAGCCGAGAAGGAAGUGGAGGACGUCUGGACUGUCGUGACGCACUGUCGUGCCUUGGUCGACGUGUGUCCCCGAGGAGCCAAGGGGGGCAAGAUUGCUGGCUGGCGUGCGAAGAUUGAGAAGGCAAUGACGCAUUUGGGUGUUUGA